AACAUAACAUAAAAGGAGAACAGAUGAAUUUAGGGGGAGAGCACCAAAUCUAGAAUAGUUAAUUUUGAGGUUGCCAAUUAUUCUUAAAGCAGCUAUUGUAUUUUGCUAUAUCGUACAUAUAUCUCUCUUGACUAACUUUUUCAGAAUUUUUGUUAUAGGCACACUGUUACUGCAGUUGAAUCUGGAAUUGUAAAACUAUGGAAUGAAGAGGAAGAAAAAGAGGAUAUUGAAAUAAAUACUGAAGGUAACUUGUGUAGAAUGGUGCAGAACCCUACAAAGACAUUUCACAUAGCUACUGGUGGAAAAGAAAAUGACUUGAAAAUCUGGGAUUUACAAGCUCCCCAAACUCCUAUUUUUAAAGCAAAAAAUGUACCAAAUGAUUUCUUAGAUUUAAGGGUUCCUGUUUGGGUAACUGAUAUGAAAUUUAAACCCGAUGACAAGAUUGUCACCUGUACAAGGCAUCAUCAAAUUCGUCUGUAUGAUCCUAAAGCCCAGAGGCGACCAGUCAUUAAUAUGGAGUUUGAGAAAUAUCCUUUAAUAUCUUUGUCUUUAGCACAUAAUGAAUACCAAGUUGUAGUAGGCAGUGGUCGAGGUAGAAUGGCUUUGAUUGAUUUACGAAAAAAACUCCUUGUCCAUGUGUUUAAAGGCUUUGCUGGUAGCAUUCGUUGUGUCCAGUGUCAUCCAACAUUACCACUAGUUGCAUCUUGUGGAUUAGACAGGUUCUUGAGGAUCCAUGAUUUGAAUGAACACAAGUUAUUAAAGAAAAUUUAUUUGAAAACAAGACUCAACUGCCUUUUGCUUAAAACAAAUCUUAAGCCUCCGUUGGAAAAUACUAAGACCGAGAAAGUUUCAAAACCAAAAGCCAUAGACAUUGUUGAUGAAGAGGAGGAAAAGAUAUGGAAUUCAAUGUCUGUUGUGUCUGAUGGUGUAAAAAAGAAAAGAGCAGCUGAUGUGAAUACCUGCAUGUCUUCAAAAAGAAAAAAGGAAAGGGAUAUGCUGAGUAAUGAAACUAUGGUCUGCUGAUAGAAGUUAUAUAUCUGUCUGUAAAUAUUGUUAAUUAAAUUAUUUUAUUGAAUACA